AUGGAAUUUCCCAAUACUCCCUUCAUCGGCGGCGCAGCCGAUAUCCCUGUCAACUCCCCCUCACCUAUCGUGUCCUUCACGCCUGUUACUCUCCCAGCGCAAGACCGUAGAGUCCCUCUCGAUAUUAAGAUCACGGCUCCCGCAACAGGUUCAAACCUGCCCAUCAUCCUCCUCUCCCACGGCCAUGGCCCAAGCAACUACCUCUCUUCCCUCAAAGGGUACGGACCCAUCGUCGAUUGGUGGGCUAGCCACGGUUUUGUGGUAAUUCAGCCAACCCACCUGAGCUCCAGACAGCUAGGCUAUCAACUCUCCGGCGAGAACAUCAGGGAGCUUUUUAUGGAUGAGCGAGUGAAAGAUAUGCAUCGAAUUCUCGACAGUCUUGACACUAUUGAAGAAACUGUGUCUUUUAUUAAGGGCCGCCUUGAUAGAGAAAAGAUCGUUGUUGCUGGUCACUCCCUUGGCUCUUUGACAGCCAACAUCCUUCUUGGUGCUGUCAACACCGACCCUCGUGACGGCGAAAAGAUGAAUCUAGCUGAUUCUCGUAUCAAAGCUGGUUUCAUUAUGGGCGCCCUUGGCAACGGAACAACCGAUAUGUCAGAAGCAGGUUCUACCAUGAUGCCAUUCUACAACAUCGAUUUCUCCAGCAUGAAGAAACCGUGCCUUGUAGCAUGGGGCGACUCAGAUGUGAGCCCUCACUUGACAUUUCGUGGCGCAGACUGGCACGCCGACCCAUACACAGGGUCACCCGGCCCCAAAGCCUCCUUUGAGAUCAAGGGUGGGAAGCAUGGUUUCGGUGGUGUGAGUGGCUGGGAUGCGCUGGAGUGUCAGGAUGAGAGUGCUGAGAGGCUUGCCACUGUUCAGAGGGUUAGUUGGGCAUUUUUCCGAAGCCAGCUGUAUCCUGGAGACGAUUCUUGGGAGAAUGCAAAGAAGGCUAUUGGACAGCACGCAGAUAUUGGAAAGAUUGAAGAGAAGUAG